AUGGACACGGGCUCUUCCAGCUUUGAGCUGGAAUUCAAGGCCGUACAGGCUGAAAACAGGGAUGAAAAGCAGAAGAAUAUCAAGGCGAUUGAAGAGUUUCUGAAGGUAGGCGGGAUUUAUUACUUGUUGAGCUUGAUGUUUAGAUAAAUUCUGAGGUUAUCAGAGAGGAAAUAAUUACAUGUGUAAUAUACUUCAAUACUGUAUAAAAAAACACUAUGUAUACGAUAAGUGUCGAUGAAAAAAAGCAUUAUGUAUACGACGUAUCUGAUCAGACCGACUUAUUUCAAUAUCACUAACAAUCUCACCUCUGACAUUAUUUUAGACAGCCUUCCAAGAUGUGACGAAGCUCGUUCGAUUGGAUGUCCAAAAGCCACAGUAUGUCUCAGAGGAGGAUCAAAGAUGCGUCUACAAGUCUGCUUGUCGGUGUACCAAACUCAACCGGCACACUCCAAUCGAUGUUGUUGCGAUCGCUCAAAAUUUGGUCCGAAAAUUGACGGAUUGGUCCGGGACUGUGCGAGGAAUGACCGCAACUUUGGUCAUGGGCGAUAAACGGUUGUUCUACGUGCCCAAGCAGUAAGUUUGAAGAUUUUGAGGGUGGUAUGUCUACAUCUUUGGUAUGUUUUGGAUUUUUUUAGGUUCCAAGGAAGCGUUGAUUUAUACCUCGGAGCUGAUGAACUUUCUUUGGGAAAUGUGAUUGAGCACGACAAGUACAUCCACCAUUGUAUACUGGAAAAGGUACGUAAUUUUCCUAUUUGUUUCUUGGUUUAGAUCCCCAUCUCUUGCAUGCAAUCAUAUUUGUUUUGUGAGCUAUAUUCUCCAUCCCUUCCAGAACGAAACAAAAGAUUGGUUUGGACCCCUGUCGACGAUGAUCAAAUACUACGAAGCGGAUCCGCUGGUCCAGCCGCUGAUUAAGCAUCGAAUCAUGGUCGACUUCGAGCAUGAUCGUCGCCGAAUGUUCGUCCGAUUCCCGUCGAAAGGCAUCGGACAUACGGAGAAGGUGGAAGCAAUAACCAAAUUGGAGCUUCGUUACAGUACCAUCAAGCGGAUUUUUGCGCAAUUCAACGGAGAUCCGGAGAAACCCAAGACCACCUUGUACUUCCAUUUGGACACGGUUCCAAUUGUUUAUCAGGUCAAGUUUGAGUUUUUCCAAAAAGGUCAACCAAAUCGAAAAUUGGAUCCAAAAAGGAGAUUGUACUCACUGGGUAAGGAUUCAGCGAAUGUAUAUGUUGUAAAUAGGAUAUAAAAGAUAUCUGAAGUGUUUUUAAUGGAACUUUUCAUUGAAGUCAGUGUUUUUUGACGAUUUCCGUCAUUAUUUUACAUGACAAAUGGGCAAAAAUUUAAUUUUCUGGAAGGUUGAAUCUAUUAUAUGGUUUUUUUUUUAUAUAUGUGGCAUUUUAGGGCCAUUUGUGAUAUUACUGACUAAUCCGAAUUUUAUUUACAUCUCAAAUCGGACCUUGGCACAUCAACUUCGGCAUGGAUAAUAUACCUUAAAUUUCAGGUGAUCGACAAAAAUUUUGGACCAAAAACAACUUUGACGACUAUGUGGAAUCACCAUUCUUCAAAUUGGUCCUCCAUCCGGUUGAGGUGAGAAUUUUUUUUGCUUUGUUUUACCCUUUAGGCCACUCGGAUCAUGAACAUUUUGAAUCGGCUGGUUGCGAGCACAACGAAGCCGAUCCAGUUCCGUGACAUCACCCAUCAUCCGAAAUACCGUGGAGAGAAGGUGUUUGCGAAGAAGUUUCCACAUGUCAACAACGACAGUGCCUUCCUUCAGGCCAUCAAAAUGGACUACCCGACCAUUUAUUUGCUCGAAGCGCUGGCAUCCCGGGGAUAUCAAGUCAAGGAUCGAUUGCACAUGGAAGUUGCCUAUAUGAGGGCAUUCAAGGAACGAAUUAUCGGCCUUUUCAAGACUAAUAAGAAGGUAAAAUUUGAAAUUUUUUUUUCAUCGAUGGUUUUUUGUUUUUUUUUUUUUUUUUUUUUUUUUUUGGCAAAUGUUGCGUGAAAAUGCAAUUUUAUGACUGAAAAGGUCAUAAACCUUCGUGUUUUAGGGAACUGGGAUGAUUGGGGAAAAACGAUUGAAGAAAAGUACGAUUGGGUAA